AUGGAAAUCGUUAAAUAUUGGAUGUCUUUGAAAGUUCUUGUUUCAAUUCAAGAGUCUAAUGUUUAUAAUGGAAUAUUCAUGCAUGAAAAAACAGGAAUGGUAUUGUUAUUUUCUGAUAUGAUUGAUUUACCAAAUAUGCAGUUAUGCACACACCUUCAUGUGUUUAUGAUUGAUGUAAUUCAUUCAGGCAGACAUUUUAAUAGUGGCUGGCCUCAACCAACGAAUUACACAGAUAUGGUUAAUUACACACAGAGAGUUGUCGAUGCUGUAUGUAAUGGUGCAUGGACAAGCCUUGAAGGUUUAACAGAUUUUCUCCAACCUUCAUAUCCGGUUACUAAUAUAACAUAUUUUAUAUUAAAUUAUACUAGAGUUUGGUAUUGA